AUGGCUGGAACUGCACCCGAGAUGCAAGUAGUUUUGCAGCUCCAGGUCUUGGGCGCGGUCUCCUACCGCCGCUCGGCGCGCCAGCUCACGCGGGUGCUGGCACCGGAGGUGUCUUCACCGGUGCCACAAGCUGGCAAGCCUCCUGUGACGGGCGUGCCUACACCGACAAGGGCACCGCGUGCAACAGAUUUCCUGACAAAGGGCGAGAUCGUGUACCUCUUUGCUGUACCAGGCUUCUUUGCCCUGUCUUUGGCGGGACUGCUGGGCAUGCUGGGCCACUGGGCCCUCGGAGCUCGAAGCGUCGAAGAAGCCGUGCGACGGCUGAAGUGGCUUCUUGGCACUGGCUCCCGGCCUGCUACCUUGGAGCCCCCGAGCUCAAGCGAGUAA